AUACAAAAUGGCGGCAAUUGUGAAAUUUUACUGGUAAACAAAUCACAGGUAUUGAGAUAGCGUCAGUUGUGAAACAGCCAUGUGCUAUUUACAAAUUUAUUUGGAUUAACAACGGUAGCUUCGCAGUAUGAGGAGGUCUGGUGCUCCAAGUCAAGGGGGUGUGGCGAAACGUCCCAGGUUUUCAGCUCCCUUCAAGACUCCUGUCCUGAAAAGUAAUAAUCAGCAGGUUGUACCAAGCUCCCAAUCAAAGCCAGUCAUAACCACUGAUCCUCAGCCAGAAGUAGAUGUGAAAAGCUCCACAGCCCGUGCAGAAGUAACACAGCUGACAAAACCAGCCGUUCCUGAUCAGCCACAUCAGGACGUCAGCAAAGCCUCUAGACCCCAUUUUAGGGUACCCUUACAAGUGCGUCCAUCCAGUGGAGAAAAUCAGGAAACUAACAAAAAUGUGACUCAAGAGGAAGCUACAGAAGGACAGACAAGAUACCUGAAUGUGAUGUGGUGUAAGAGAUCAAACAAAAAGCACAAAAAAUGGGAAGGAGAUGCUAUACUUAUCACAAAAGGAAGAUCAGUGACGCUGCUGGACAUGGAAGGAAAAGAAAUUGGUAAAUCUUCUGGCUACAAAUGUACAGAGUUAGAAACAUUGAAGGAUGACGAAACCCUAGCUGUUGGUGGCAAAGAAAUCCAGGUGAUGUCUGUGAUGACAGAACAACAGUUCAAGUCGGGGAAAUGCUUCUCAGCCUCAUCAUUGUCACAAACACCAUCCUGUCCAUCUGUGUGUAGACCCUCAAUGUCAGAUCAGGCUGGAGUCAAUAAGGCAUUUGUCAGUCCACAAACCCAGGGCAACUCAACACAGGCUGCUGCUAAAGCUGAGACCCCCACCACACAGCUACAGCCCCGACACAGUGUGGACCAGUCAGGAGCUCUGGUGAUGCCCAGACCCAGCAAACAACACCAGUGGUCUACAAACAAGAACUCCCUGCCCAUUGUUGAUGUAGUGGUCGACCCACACAUAGCGUCCCACCUUCGCCCCCACCAGAGGGAGGGAGUAGUCUUCCUAUACGAGUGCAUCAUGGGCUUCAGAGAUUUCAGUGGCCAGGGUGCCAUACUUGCUGAUGACAUGGGACUUGGGAAAACUCUACAGUCUAUUUCUCUGUUAUGGACACUCCUAAAGCAGGGACCUUAUGGAGGCCGACCUGUCAUAAAGAAAGCUCUCAUCAUUACCCCAGGCAGUCUGGUCAAGAACUGGCAACAGGAAAUUAAGAAAUGGCUGGGCAGUGAGCGUUUGUCUGUGUACGCUGUCAGUACAGACCAGCGUGUCGAGGAUUUCGUGAAUACUGCCAUUUAUCCUGUCCUAAUCAUAUCAUACGAGAUGUUUGUACGGGCGUACGAUAUGAUCCAGAAACUCCGGUUCGAUCUAAUCAUCUGUGAUGAAGGCCAUCGACUUAAAAACACAGCGAUCAAAACAACAUCACUGAUCAUGUCGAUGCCCACCAGGAGGAGAGUGGUGCUGUCUGGCACACCAAUACAGAAUGACCUUCAGGAGUUCUUCUCCAUUGUGGAGUUCUGUAACCCUGGAAUACUAGGAUCUAGCGCAGCCUUUAAGAAUGUUUAUGAGAACCCAAUUGUUGCAUCCCGGCAGCCAGGAGCAAGUCAGCAGGUGCUAGACAUAGGGGAGGAACGUGCCUCAGAACUGUCUCGCCUCAUCAAACUCUUUCUGCUUCGCCGCACACAGGAGAUCAAUAACAAAUAUCUACCACCAAAAAGUGAGGUGGUGGUGUUCUGUAGCCCUUCGGACCUACAGGUGCAGCUGUACCGAGUCCUGCUGAGCUGUCGCCUGAUCAGGUCAUGCCUCAGUGGACAGCUGCAGGGAGCGCCACACUUGAUUUGUAUCGGAGCCUUAAAACAGUUGUGUAACCACCCUCUGCUCCUCCACAGCAGAGCCAAGGAUGCACACCAAAGCGGCCUGGAUGAGGAAUCUGUGUACGAGGGAUUGCUCCCCCUGUAUCCAGAAGGAUUCCUGGAAGAGGAACACUUGGAGAAAUUCUCUGGGAAACUGUCAGUGCUGGCUGGUAUUUUAGCAGACCUCCAUGAAAAAUGUCCAACUGAGAAGGUGGUACUGGUAUCCAACCAUACAAAGACUUUAGACAUGCUGCAGAAGUUUUGUGACCAGAAACAGUAUGGCUUUCUUAGACUUGAUGGCCAGACACCCACAAACCGACGUCAGGAAAUUGUCAAAAAGUUUAACAACAAGUUCUCAAAGGAAUUCGUGUUCCUGCUGAGCUCCAAGGCAGGAGGUGUCGGCCUGAACCUGAUAGGGGCCUCUAGGCUGAUACUGUAUGACAUUGACUGGAAUCCUGCCAAUGAUUUACAGGCUAUGGCUCGAGUGUGGCGUGAUGGACAAGCCAAGCAGGUUCAUAUCUACCGUCUUCUGACGACUGGUACUAUAGAGGAGAAGAUCUACCAGCGACAGAUCACUAAACAGGGCCUCAGUGGAGCUGUCAUGGAAGCCAAGGCAGGAAAAAGUGAUGUGCACUUCUCCAAGGAAGACCUCAAGGACCUAUUUUCCUUGAAUGUCAACACCCUGUGUGAUACCCAUGAACUCCUGAGCUGUGACUGUGAGGGAGGCCUGGACAAUGUAGCGGGUUCCUCCUCCUCCUCGGAUAUAACACCCUCUAGUGUCAGACCAUGUCAGUUAGGAGCUGGAGGCAAUCAUAAGGCUGCCAAGCGAAAUCUGGGAAUGGAUGAGUUGAUGGACUGGAAGCAUUUGCGAGGCAACAGUGGCAAAACUGAUCCAGACUGGUUCCUAGAUGGUGUUGCAGAAGAUGUUUCUUUCAUAUUUUGGCAUGAGACAAAGUCGUGAUGCUGUUCCUGUAUACACAAUGACUAUUACCCUAGUCUUUCAAUGUUUGGUGCUAUAUUUUCCAGGAGUACUUCUGAGGCACAAUAUGAUAAUUUUAGUGCUCUACAUAUGUAACGGCUGCAAAAUGAUUUUUUCUAUGUAGUUGGUAAAUGAAGUUAUUAAUAAACAC